CCAACUGCGCAUGACCGCGGGUCAACUCGCUGCCGUGUGCUGAGUGAAGUGAAGUGAAGGCGGACGAGUACAAAGAGGCUGGCGGUGGUGGUGCUGCUGCAGACGGGACGUGCCGUGCGCCGUGGAGAUAAAGUUCAGUUCUGCGCGAAGUUGCCACGUUACCCGGACGGUUUCCCAUCAAAGAAUUUCACCUCAAGCCCGAAUAGUUGAAGCAACGGAGACAAGGAGUUGCAUUCAAGACAAAAUAAGAGCGUGGGAGACACUUGGCGUCGGUUUGCAGGUUGCAUGAUAAGCUGGACUUGAUGCAUGGCAGUUGCAUGACAGCAGAGAGUCUUGUUGUGGGACUGAGCGCACACAGCGGCAGCGAUGGCUCAAACCAUUCACAUGAACGGCAACGGCCCAGAAAGAGGACAAGUAUGCCCAAGCACAGAAGAAGAGAAGGACUCUGUGGCCCCCUACUAUGUUGAAACUCCUUACGGUUACCAGUUAGACCUGGACUUCCUCAAAUAUGUUGACGACAUUGAGAGGGGCAACACCAUUAAGAAGCUGAGUAUCCAGAGGAAGCCCAAAGUGGCCAAACCCUUGGCUGGGCCACGGGGCAGCACUGGCGGGGCCAACACUCAGACUGAAUGGACCUCCACAGACUCCCUGUCCUCCUCCAACAGCGAUGAUAAACAGUCCCCAGUCUUCUUCACCUCCAGGCCCCAGGUCGCCGCUCCGCUGACCCCCACCCUCUCCAGGGCAACCUGCGAAGUCCCCCAGACCUACUCGAGCAUCACAGAGCAGAAGCAGCUCCUUCCACCACCCUCGCCCAGGUUCGCCCCUCGUCACAACCCCCACGUGGAGAAGACACUCAUGGAGACUCGUCGUCGUCUCGAGCAAGAGCGUGUGCUCCUGCAACCGCACAGCGACCCUCCGAUGCCCCGCCGCCGCCUUGCCAGCUUUGGCGGCAUGGGUUCCAGCAGCUCGCUGUCCUCGUACUCAAGCUCCAUGGCUCCCAGCCAGAUCUCCCCCAGUACCCAUCAACCUCUGACCAUUAACGGACAUAACUCUAAUGGAGAAUAUAACCCCUACUACCCACCCUCCAUUGGCAGCUCCAUCCGCCACAGCCCCAUGAGCUCUGGCAUGGCCACCCCGGUGACUAAUGUCAGCCCAUUGCACCUGCAGCAAAUCCGAGAGCAGAUGGUUGUGGCCCUAAAGAGGCUGAAAGAGCUAGAGGAGCAGGUGAAAACCAUUCCUAUCUUACAGGUGAAGAUUGCAGUUUUGCAGGAGGAGAAAAGACAAUUGGCUGCUCAGUCCAAAAAUCAAGGUCCUGGUGGCUUCCGCAAGCGUUCCUACAGUGUAGGCAGUGCUGACCAAAUGGAGAACCCUGGCCCAAUCCAAAAGGAGACCGAGCUGCACAUCAUGGAGCCAGAGGCCCAGGAACAGAGCAACCAGCGCCUGGAGGAGUUCAGACGUCUGGCUGCUGAGGUCCAAGCACUGGAGAGGACAACCCAGGAUAAUAAUUUAACAGAAGUUCAGCCUCACAACCUCAUGCAAAACCAAGCUCAACAAAAGUCCAUUGGUGUAGUUACUGAUGAAAAUAUGAACAACCUUACUGUCACACAAAAGAAGCUGCAAAAAGAUAGUUUCCGGGACGCUGGAGUAGCGACAGAGAAGCUGGAAAUGCGGAGCACUGCAGUUGGAGUGACCGAGGCCAUGCUGGGCAUGACCAGUGAAGCUGAGAAGGAGAUUGAGCUCCAGCAGCAGACCAUCGAGGCACUGAAGGAGAAGAUCUACCGCCUGGAAGUACAGCUCAAAGAAACUACUCAUCAGAUGGAGAUGGGGAAGCUAAAACUAGAGCUCCAAGCAGCUGGUGGGUCAAACAAGAAAAAAGCGGACAAAGGUCUAAUGGCCAGGCCAGAGAUGUACAACGUGUGUGUGGAGGCUAAAGUCCAGAUGCGGAGCCAGGGAGUGGGUGACCAUCUGGAAUUUAGCCAUGCUAGCACAGCUAAAACUCCAGAGACCCACACUAUAGGAAUCUCCUGUCAGCCCGUAGUGCAGAGUGUUGCCACGGGACCAGAGAUUCCUAUGGACCGGUGGGUGGUGCAGGAAUGUGUGGAGGUUAAGGACAAGUGUGUAGGAAGACAGGUGGAGACACAGCACCAGCAAGUAGGAGUUGAGCUGAGUAUUUGUGAAGUGGGAGUUAACACAGAGGAGUCAGUGGACAGCUUGGCCCUCUGCAAACCCAUGACAGAGCUGAGCAAAGAGUCCCGAUCAGUUGGCUGUGGAGAUUGUUCAGUGGAUGUGGUUGUAAGUCCCGUCAAGACGUUGGUGUCGCGAGGAACCGACCCCGAUGUUAUCAGUAAAGUGGACUCUGGAGUCAUGGCAGCUCCCGAGUCAGCAACUCAGCAGACCAAUACCGAGACAGAAGUUGCAUGCAAGUCCACGAACACAAACACAGUUACUCUAACGGACUCCUUCACCGACAUGGCGUUGAUUGCUUGUGAUAAGUACACCAACACGGCGGCAACUGAAACGAGGACAGUGGCUGUUGGGGAAGGGCUCGUCAAAGACUUUCACUCAACAGUAAAAACACGCUCAAUUGCUGUUGGAACCGUUUCAGACAUGGAGUCCUUUUACAACAAAUCAAGCUCAACGAAAACCAAAGAAUGUGGGGUGGGACCAGUUGGCAUUCAUGAGAAUUUCUUGGUUGGCCUAAAGACCAGAAACAUAGCAUGUGGCCCCUCCCUGCCGACUGAAUCUAUGACGAGCAGCAGCGGUAGUAGCAGCAGCAGCAGCAUCGUGGAGACGCCACGGGUGAAGACGGAGGCUGCACCACUGGAGGCACAGGGUGGCGCCGGAUUGGACCAUUACAUUGAGAGGGUGCAGAAGCUGUUGCAGGAGCAGCAGAUGUUGCUGGCAGAGAAUUACACUGAGCUGGCAGAAGCUUUUGGCCAGCCACAGUCCCAGUUUGGAUCCAUCAACAGUCAGCUGGUCAGCACACUGUCGUCCAUCAACUCGGUCAUGAAGUAUGGAAGCGCCGAUGACAUCCUGAAGCUCCAGUCAGACGUGGUCGUCUCAAACCAAGAGAGCGGUCAUCAGAUCCAGUUGCUUUCCGCUCGGACGGCGCAGUCGCAGGCGGAGACGGAGGGGACGCCCGCAGAGAAACCUGCACAGCAGCACCAGAUCAGUGCAGCCGAGCAGAAGAGCCGAAUGGACCUGCAGAUGUCCACGGCGCUGCAUGGGCAGCCAUGCAGUCAGAACACCCUGAAAUCCAUCAUGAAGAAGAAAGAUGGCCGACCCGACUCCAACGGCACCAAGAAGAACCUGCAGUUCGUCGGGGUGAACGGAGGAUAUGAGACGACGUCAAGCGACGACUCCAGUUCAGAGGACAGCAGCUCCUCUGGGUCGGAGGACGAAGAUGAGGAGAAGGAGUACGGAGAGAAAGAGGAGGAAUACAAGAAUGUGGAGGGAGAAAGCGCCAGGGAGGAGUUACAGCCUGCGGGAGCCGAGGAUGUCGAUAAGAAGGACGAUGAGGAAAGUUCAGAGAAGCAGGAGACAAGAGAGAGGUAUGAGCUCAGUGAGAAGAUGCUGGCUGCGUGCAACGUUCUCAAAACGCACCUCACUGAUCCCAAGGCUGUGAGCAGUAAAGAUCUGAGAGCCUGUCUCAACACGGUGCAGCACGAGUGGUUCCGUGUGUCCAGCCAGAAGGCGGCCAUGGCGGCCAUGGUGGAGGACUACCUGGCGGCCUUCGCGUCCGCCUCGCCGGCCGUGCUGCGCCACAUCGUCAACAUGGCCGAUGGCAACGGCAACACGGCGCUGCACUACAGCGUGUCGCACUCCAACUUCCAGGUGGUGAAGAAGCUGCUGGAUGCAGAUGUGUGUAACGUGAACCAGCAGAACAAGGCGGGGUACACGCCCAUCAUGCUCGCCGCACUCGCUGCCGUGGAGACGCCCAGGGACAUGAGCAUCGUGGAGGAGCUCUUCAGCAAGGGCGACGUCAACGCCCGCGCCAGUCAGGCCGGUCAGACGGGGCUCAUGCUGGCGGUCAGUCACGGCAGGAUGGACAUGGUCCGGGCCCUCCUGGGCCACGGGGCCGACGUCAACAUCCAGGACGACGAGGGCUCCACGGCUCUGAUGUGCGCCAGCGAACACGGCCACGUUGAGAUCGUCAAGCUGCUGCUGGCGCAACCGGGCUGUGACGCCACGCUCAGCGACAGCGAUGAGAGUAACGCUCUGUCCAUAGCUCUGGAAGCGGGACACAAAGACAUCGCAGUGUUGCUCUACGCACACGUCAACUUCUCCAAAGCCCAGUCACCCGGAACGCCUCGCCUCGGCAGGAAAACCUCACCAAGUCCGACUCGGAGGAGCAUGUUUGACUAGACGCUCCUCCUCCUCCUCCUCCUCCUCCUCCUCCUCCUCCUCUGCCCACAAACCCUGCGCUGCUAUGAAUUCUCGCUGAGCGUCGCCUUAACCACAGCUGGAUGAGGGGCUUCCUCCCAACCAACCAAUGAGAUUUCUGCAUUUCUUUUUUUUCUUUCUUUUUUUUUAAUUUUAAUUUUAUUUUAUUUAUGUGCACACUUGCCUUCAUGACAAGCCCAAAGUGUCCUCUGAAUGAAUGUAACCCACCGGUGCCUCAGAGUCAGAUUCAAUCAGCAAAACCACUGGAGUUCAGACCAACAUGGACACAACUAAAAAUGCCAUUUUUUUUUUCUUUCGAUUUUUUUUUUAAGUGUGUCUCCCUUUUUUUAUUUUUAAAGCUCAGUGUUGAUCAUUCAAGAGCUCCAAAACAUCUGUUUUUGUUUUUCUUUUUUAGUUUUUUUUUUUUUUUUUGAGUCCACAGAUGGAGAAUAAUCCACCUGCAUGUUAGAGGAAACAUUUCCUGUAUAUAUUGCUCACCUCGACUCACAUAUGUGCGCCCAGCUCUUCGGUUCAUGCACGUCUCCCGUGGAUGAACGCAUCAACGAUAUAUAGGCGUGGCUUAGACUGGAGAGAUUUUCCUUUUAUACAAAUCCUUUGUAUCUAUUUAAAGAGAAGAAUCACAGUAUUUUGAAUAUGUCCUAUUACUACUUAACAAUCUAUGAAGUUAUAUAUUUAUCAAAGUAUAGUUUUUAAUGCAGAUAUGUAUUUCUUUGUACAUACGGUGGUCAUAGAGUCGACUUAUUCUCCUCUCUGUCUUCGUGUCCGGUCUCUUGCUCUCUGUCUCUCAUGUGUAAUAUAAAGCCGUCUGUCCUCCGCUAGUAUUGAUCAAGGUACUGACUUUCAUCUUCAAAAUGAGGAGUGAAGUGCCUGAAACUUUGCCAUGUAACAAUAAACAUCCAUUAAAGAGUCUAAAUCAGGAA